CAUAUACACUAAAUACAUAAAUAUGUUCGAUGCAUAUUUAAUGGUAAUCAAUUUGAAUGAUUCUUAAAUAUAAAGUGCAUGGAAAGUCAGAGUACUAGAGUUUAUGUACAGAGGGAGAGGCUACACAAGCAGUUGAGCACGCAAAACUCUGACAUCAGGGAGGAUGAGGGUAGGGUUUCCUUGUGCGCUUUUACCUAGAUGUGUAGGGAUCGCAGAGAGGGCUUUAAAAAAAGUCAUAAAAUACAAUUAAUAAAUAGAUACAUGGAACAUGGAUUGGAGUGAUAUGGAUUAGCAUUCUAAAAUAAAUUUUGAACUAGGAUUACAAUAUUUUAAUAUAAUUAAUAUUUAUUAUUGUUGUUGUUAUGUGAGAAUUUGUCUUGGUUUACAGCAGCAAUUCACUUACUGUAAUUUACUUGAAUUUCCAGUGGUCCUGUAGGGAUCUCGUGUGAAACCCUCUGAAAACUGCAACUGUUGUCACAGACUCAGGAACUGACCUGCAUGUGCCAAAGACGGCCAGUGCUGAUAGACUCGCACGCCCCUGUGCGCGUGCCGUGGGAGCUCGUGCCCGUGCUGCAAGCUAGCGGGUCCAAACCUUUUUGGCCCUGCUGUUGUCAGGGCACUUUCACAGACACGUGGCCUAUCAGGCAUGGUAUCAUUGAGGACUGGGAUCUGAUGGAGAAGUUCAUGGAGCAGGUCAUAUUUAAAUACCUGCGUGCAGAACCGGAGGACCACUUCCUCAUGGUUUGAGUCCUCCAUCCUUCCCAUGGUCCCUGCGCCUGUUGCUCUCUGCCACAGAGACGUUUCAUAACAGAGCCUCCACUGAACACUACAGAGAACAGAGAGUACUUAGCUGAGAUCAUGUUUGAAACCUUCAACAUUCCAGGCCUCUACAUCGCUGUACAGGCUGUUCUGGCAUUGGUAGCUUCCUGGACGUCCAGGCAGGCGGAGGACUACGUGAUUGGUAGCUGUAUAAAACACAUCCCUGUAGCAGGCAGGGACAUCACCUACUUCAUCCAGCAGCUGCUCAGGGAGAGAGAGGUGGGAAUUCCUUCUGAACAGUCACUAGAGACAGCGAAGGCAGUCAAGUUCGCCAACUUGGACUUCAUACAGCCCAUUUCAGACGUGGUGGAUGAGAUCAUUCAGACCUGUUCGAUAGAUGUGAGAAGACCUCUUCAUAAGAAUAUAGUGCUUUCUGGAGGAUCCACCAUGUUCAGGGACUUUGGGCGUCAUCUGCAGAGGGACCUGAAGCGUGUGGUUGACUCUAGACUCCAGCUGAGUGAAGAACUCAGUGGAGGCAGGAUAAAGGCUCAUCGCAGUCUUCAGCGUGUUCUUCUUCAGCAAACCUCUCUUCAUCAUCGUUCGGCUUGUCUUCUCCCCCGUAUUCGCCACAGUGCCUCUGGGUCGGUACUGCACCAACUCCGGUGCUCUUGCACAGGUUUAAAUCUCUUCCAUUGACUAUUCUAAAUCACCACCCACGUCUGCACAAGAAGAGACGGUUGUCCUUUUUUUGCAUAUAUAACGCAUGAGCUUAAUGCUUUCUAAUGCAGAGAUGUCUAAGAGUAAGCAGCCAACGCCAUCUAGAAUGGAGCACUGUAAAAUCAAAUCUGAGAAACAUAUUCUGAGUUUUAACAAAAAGGUGUAUUGGUGAGAAAUUAGGAAACCUUAACUUUCUGUCCACCUCUAAAUACUAAUUAAUCUGAUAGAGUUUACAUGUCUUCAGUCAAAUUCCUGUUGUGAGAAUUCAAUGAAAUCUGAAGGUAAAAACCUGUUUGCUUAUAUGCGGACAUCUAUGAGGAAAUCACUUGAAAUGACUUACACAUACUGGAAUAUGUAGUGGUGAGUUGACUGAAGCAGGAGGUGAAACAGGAUACAGAUGUGUUAAUGUUUUUCUCAGUCCAGUCCACAGUUGAAAAGCCGGUAGACAGAAAACAUUGACGUAAAUCAUAGUGAAUGUACAGGGAGCCUUUGCAGUGACUGUCAAUAAACUCUUAUUUCACUUAUUGCACAGCAAUAGCAAACAUACAGAUAAAUGUACAUGAUGCAUAACAGCUGUGCCGUGGUAACAGGCCUACACAAAGUAGCACGUUAUUGUGCAGGAAAGUGUUUGUGCGUUGCUUGGCAACAGUCCAGUCCCAGUCCAAUUGCUGAACUAUUCGUGCUGGC